AUGCCGCGCGAGCGCACCAUGAACGAGGAGGAGGCGGAGUUACUGGGAGGGCACGAGAUGCAGGCGCGCAUCUCAGAAGACGGCUCAGAAGCUUCAGCAUCUUCGAUCUCGACCAUGUCCCUCGUCCUCGAACACAUCAACGACGGCGCACCGAACGGCGCAUCACCUCCCAAGCUGAGCGAGAAGUACCGGGACGAUGACAACGACGAGCCAGGACGUGCGCGUGAGCAGCUCGAUAUCGAAGAUGGUCGCUUUGAGCCUCUCAAACCCGUAGACAAGAAAGCGCGACGUUUGCUGUGGAUCAUAGGCACGAUAUGUGCUAUUGGCUGGGGCCUGGCGCUGGUGUCAUUCCUGUACAGCGGAAACUACAAGCAUGCAUCCACCCGACCACACGACCCUUUGGCAAGCUCUACAAAGGGUUCUGGAAAGAAGAUCACGCUGGAAAGCGUCAUGAGUGGACAGUGGUAUCCGACUACGCAGAGCGUGUCGUGGAUCUCAGGGCCAAACGGCGAGGAUGGUUUGCUGCUGGAGAAGGGUGUCUCGGGUAAAGACUAUCUAGUCGUUGAGGAUAUCAGGAACAAGGAUAAGGCUGGAAGCAAAGGACAUACCACCCUGAUGAAGGAGAACAGCUUCAAGUUUGGCGAAACAUACGUCUACCCCAGCGGUGCGGUGCCGAGUAAGGACUUCAAGAAGGUGCUUGUGACAUCUGAUCACCAGAAGAACUGGAGGCACUCGUCUACAGGCCUAUACUGGAUCUUCGAUGUUGCAACACAGACUGGCGAGCCCGUCGACCCCGAAAACCCUCAGGCCAGGAUACAGAUUGCAUCCUGGUCACCGCAAUCGGACGCCGUUGUUUUUACACGCAACAACAACAUGUUCAUUCGCAAGCUCGACUCGAAGAAAGUCACGCAGAUCACGCAGGAUGGUGGCGCUGAGCUUUUCUACGGCGUGCCGGAUUGGGUAUACGAGGAAGAAGUCUUCCAAGGCGACAGCGCCACAUGGUGGUCCGAAGAUGGCAAAUACAUCGCUUUUCUUCGCACAGACGAGUCGAUGGUUCCCACGUAUCCGGUUCAGUACUUCCUCUCUCGUCCGAGCGGAGAAAAACCGAAGGCCGGCGAGGAGAGCUAUCCGGAAGUCCGCGACAUCAAGUACCCGAAGGCUGGUGCGCCCAACCCGAUUGUAUCGCUUCAAUUCUACGACGUCGAAAAGCGUGAGGUUUUCAAAAUCAAAAUCGAGGACGAUUUCGCCGACGGCAACCGACUUAUCACUGAGAUCGUGUGGGCCGGCUCGACCAAGCAAGUCCUCGUUCGAGAGACUAACCGCGAGAGCGACAUCCUCAAGCUAGUCCUGAUGGACGUCGAAAAGCGGACAGGCAAGACCGUCCGUACAGAGAAUGUAGCGGAACUCGAUGGCGGCUGGAUGGAAGUUUCGCACACGACAACUUUUGUUCCCGCUGACCCAGCGAACGGCCGUAAGUAUGAUGGCUACGUCGAUACCAUCAUUCACGAGGGAUACGAUCACAUCGGGUACUUCACGCCCCUGGACAGUGAUAAGCCCAUCUUGCUCACGCAGGGCGAAUGGGAAGUCGUCGACGCCCCAUCACGCAUCGACCUCAAGAACAACCUUGUUUACUACAUCUCUACCGAGCAUAGUUCUAUUGAACGCCACGCUUACGCUGUCAAACUCGACGGCACUGGUAAACAGGAGAUUAUUGAAAACAGCGGUGUCGGCUACCAUGACGCAUCUUUCUCGUCUGGCGGCUCGUUCGCUCUCGUCACCUAUAAGGGCCCUGGUAUCCCGUGGCAGAAGAUAGUAUCCACGCCCUCGAGCUCUGAGAAGUUCGAGAAAGUGCUCGAAGAGAACAAGAGCCUGGAGCGUUUUGCAGCCGCUCACGAGCUGCCUAUACUCAACUAUCAAACCAUCGAGGUAGACGGCUUCAAACUCAACGUGCUUGAACGUCGACCCCCACACUUCAGUGAGAAGAAAAAGUAUCCCGUACUGUUCUAUCAAUACUCCGGCCCCGGCAGUCAGCAAGUAGAUCGUCAGUUCCACGUCGACUUUCAAUCUUUCAUUGCAUCUUCGCUGGGUUACAUAGUCGUCACCGUGGACGGGCGGGGCACAGGAUUCCUUGGUCGAAAACUGAGGUGUAUCACAAGAGGCAAUAUCGGCCACUAUGAAGCGCUUGACCAGAUCGCGGCGGGUAAGAUCUGGGCGAAGAAGAAGUACGUCGAUGAAGACCGGAUGGCUAUCUGGGGCUGGUCGUACGGUGGUUUUCAGACUCUCAAGACUCUCGAGACAGAUGCAGGAGACACAUUCAAGUACGGGAUGGCGGUCGCGCCUGUUACGGACUGGCGGUUUUAUGACUCGAUCUACACAGAGCGUUACAUGCACACCCCGCAGCACAAUGUAGCCGGCUACGACAACACCAGCGUUAGUGACGUGCAAUCGCUUUCCAAGAAUGUCCGCUUUCUCGUCAUGCACGGCAUUGCAGAUGAUAACGUGCACAUGCAAAACACCUUGACCUUACUGGACAAGCUGGAUCUGGCGGGUGUGGAAAACUACGACGUGCACGUCUUCCCCGACAGUGACCAUAGCAUCUACUUCCACAAUGCGAAUAGGAUAGUGUAUGACAAGCUGACAUGGUGGCUGACAAACGCCUUCAACGGUGAGUGGCUUCGCAUUCAGAACGUCAAGCCGAAGGCGCAGAUAGAGGGCAAGGAGAAGAGGCGGUGA